CAACAGGACGCUCCUGCCUCCUGCUUCCGCUCGUACAGUCGGGCGGCCAAGAGGAAGGAUACCCGAAGAGCCAAGAUGGGAGUAGACGUUGAGACCAUAACUCCGGGCGAUGGACAGACAUUUCCGAAGAGGGGGCAGCGCGUCGUGGUGCACUAUGUCGGCACACUGGCAGACGGGAAAGUGUUUGAUUCUUCGAGGACCCGAGGGAAGCCGUUCAAAUUCAAGAUUGGACACCAGGAGGUUAUUCGCGGUUGGGAAGAAGGAGUAGCGCAGAUGAGUGUAGGUCAGCGUGCAAAGCUGAUUUGCUCGCCUGACUUUGCCUACGGCAGCAAGGGGCACCCGGGCAUCAUCCCGCCCAACGCCACCCUCACCUUCGACGUGGAGCUCAUCGGUCUGGAAGCCUGAAGCGCGCGCGCUCACUUUGUUACACUCCACUCAAAUUUUCAGGGUUGACCCCUAUCUCGGGAACAUGGAGGAACAAUGAUCACGGAUGAUUCCUGCUCUUGAACCCUACAUAGGACCUAUGUCUAUAUAUCUUCACUCGUUCACUCUCCUUCCCAUCUAGAUACAAAUUGUGUUGACUCACUUGCUUUAAAACUUUAUCCAACAUGCUAUUCUUUAGGUUCCAUACUGAAAUAAGUCAUAGGCCAUCCCAUGUUUUUUUGUCCUAUUCUGCUAUGUAUUUUUUGGAUGUUUUGAUUUGUCUAUUUCUCUUAAACAUUUACAAAUCGUGUCUGCCAUCAGGAUCAGGUUUUUAGAUAAGUGUCAUAAGUACUCAAUCAAUCUCAUUCCUGUGGCUUUGUGGCCUUUACACUAAAAUUGUUUUGAUUGCGGGUAAUUGUCUUGGAUAAAAAUAAGAAUAAAUUGUUUGACAUAUUUCUAUGAAUUACCUUUUGUUAUACUUGUUGGGUUAAAUUUAAAGUACGGAAUACAUUGUUGCCAGGGAUUCAUGAAUCAAGCACAUUAUCGCCAUGAACGGCCUACAGGUCUCUGCGGAGGAUCUUUGUCUAUACAGCAGCAUCAAUUCUUAAUUUAUAAGAGUAAAACGACUAUUGCUGAAACUGGACAUCCUUGGUCUUGUUGACUGUUUGACAUCUGGAAACUAUUUGGUCUCUGGUAAAAGAUUUCUAAACUUGCAUGGUAAGUUCCCUGUUGGCACGAGUUGGGGCUUUGUGAUCUUUGUUUGAAGGAGUUGUGUGUAACAAGCUGUGGAUGUUGUAAAAAGUCUGUUCCUUACUCUUAAAAACAUUAAAAGAGUAAUUUUAA